AUGUCCGCUGCAAAUGUAGCUCCUAUAACUGCAACCGACAGCUUAUCACAAGCCUUAAAAGCCAAUAUUAUCCCCAACCAGGAGUAUUUAUUACAGGGAUCCGUAUUAGAUUCAGCGGUGGAAGUAUUACUUCAUAGGCUUCGUGGUCUUUGUGAUAAUGUUGAUGCUGGAACAGAAACCUUUGAUGAUCAGGAAGUUUGUUUUAGUUUGAGAGAUCCAAAUCAACAGGCAGCUCCUCUUAUGCUGAGACUUCGGAAGGCGUUAGAUGCUAGGGAUAUGCCAUAUCAGCUCCGUUACAUAGGUCAACCAGACCUUGGUGACAAAAGCAGACCAACAGUUGUCCGAUCCAGCCUUGACAUUGCUUGUAGUGGUAUGCUCAUUGAGUUUCUCAAUGAACUUGGAUGUAGGAUAGAAUUUGAGUAUAGUGUUAAAGGUUACAUGUUUAGAAAAGGCCGUAUGAAGAUAACAGUUUCAAAGGUUUUUAAAAUAUCACAGAGUUCAAUGUCACCAGAACCUAUAUCACAAAGCUACUUAGUUGAAUUAUCAGUUUUAGCACCACAAGGGCAAGAUGCAAUAGGUGAGGAUAUGCGCGCAUUUGCUGAUCAAUUAAGACCACUGGUGCAGCUUGACAAGAUUGACUACAAGAGGCUAGGCCACAUGUCGGUCACA